AGUGUGCAUCGUUUGGUUUGUUGUCACCAGCCGAUGUCUGGUGUUGUGAUCUGUGAUGAUCCCCACAAUCGUGUGAAGUGUUUUCACCACAAUGACUUACGUCUUUCAGAAACUGAAAGGCGCGCGUGUGUGAAUAUUGCAAAGAAAGAAGUAUAAACAGUGAAUUGUUAAGAUUUUCUUGCUGUUCAACUGUUGUGUGGUUGUGUGAAGUUUCUUUUUGUAUGGCAUCUUGGGAUUACUAUACCUAAUAGUUUCGUCGAAGGAUUAAAUUAUAGCUCCUAUUAAUUGUGGUGACACAUGUACACAUUGUGAUUAUUCUGGUUGGAGUGUUCUGUUCAGGAUGGUGGCCGGCUGACCCGAUGGACUGCAGCAGGAGGAUGUGUCUACUGCUACUGCUGUUGGCGCUUGGACUCUGUCUGCAGCGGGGGGCACACGCCGAACAUGUGCGCGAUCUGGAAGUAUCGGAGGGCGCCCCUGUGGGAACCAGAGUUGGCUACAUCGGUGACGGGUCUUCCAGCGACAGUGGGCCUCCAUACCUUAUAGUCCCCGUGCCAGGAAGUGCCGUGGAUUCAGAUCUGGCCAUUGAGCAAACAACGGGGGAGAUGAGGACUAAAGUUCCUCUUGAUCGAGAAACACGGGCUUCGUAUUCGCUGGUGGCGAUACCGCUGAGUGGAGAGAAUGUGAGAGUGGUAGUGAGAGUACUGGACGAAAACGACAAUGCGCCUACAUUCCCUACGCAAGUGAUGGGUAUAGAGUUCCCUGAAAACACUCCCCGCGAUGUGAAACGAACUCUUCACCCCGCAAGGGACCUGGAUCUGGGGAUCUAUAACACUCAGCGAUAUAACAUUGUGUCCGGAAACGUUAAUAAUGCGUUCCGACUCUCGUCACACCGUGAACGUGACGGGGUUCUGUAUCUGGACCUUCAGAUAAAUGGGUUCCUGGACAGGGAGACGACCGCCGUUUAUAGUUUGUUGAUUGAGGCUCUGGAUGGUGGCAACCCUCCACUCAGGGGUUUCAUGACCGUAAAUAUUACCAUCCAAGACGUGAACGAUAACCAGCCGAUAUUCAACCAGAGCCGGUACUUCGCGACAAUUCCUGAGAACGCAACAGUGGGCACAAGUGUGCUGCAAGUGUUCGCAACCGACACGGACGCAGGAGAGAAUGGUCAGGUCGUGUACUCUAUCAACAGGCGACAGAGUGACCGUGAGGGAAUGUUUCGGAUCGAUUCCACCACCGGACUCAUCGCUGUGAAUCGACCUCUAGACUUCGAGACCAAGGAGGUUCACGAGUUGGUGGUAGUGGCUCGAGACCACGGAAUGCAACCACUGGAAACCACCGCGUUUGUGUCCAUCCGAGUCACGGACGUGAACGACAACCAGCCCACCAUCAACGUGAUUUUCCUCAGCGACGAUGCCACUCCAAAGAUCUCUGAAUCCGCUCAGCCAGGCGAGUUCGUUGCCCGUAUUUCUGUGAACGAUCCUGACUCCAAGACGGAGUAUUCAAACGUGAACGUAACUCUGCAGGGCGGCGACGGUCGGUUCGGUCUAGCAACGCGAGAUAACAUCAUCUAUCUUGUGAUCGUGUCUCUGCCCCUGGACCGCGAGCUGCAGCCCAACUACACCCUGAGUGUCAUCGCAACGGAUACGGGGAACCCGCCUUUACACGCUUCCCGGACGUUUCACCUACGUGUAACAGACAUCAACGACAAUGCCCCCGAGUUCGAGCGCAUGGUGUAUUAUGCGAAUGUACUUGAAGUGGCCGACCCUGGCACCUCGGUAUUUCAGAUCCACGCAGUAGACCGCGACGAAGGAAAUAAUUCCGCAUUGGCGUACUCCAUCUUGGAUACCCCUGACACUCACUCGACGUGGUUUCAGAUCGACCCCCGCUCAGGCCUUAUCACCACUCGAUCGCACAUCGAUUGUGAGACGGAUCCAGUGCCGCAGUUGACGGUGAUGGCCCGUGAUAAUGGCUCCCCUCCCCUCUCCUCGACGGCCACUGUGCUCGUCACCAUUCACGAUGUCAACGACAAUGAGCCAAUCUUUGACCAGAGCUUCUACAAUGUCUCCGUCGCAGAGAACGAGCCCGUCGGACGCUGCAUUCUCAAGGUUUCGGCUACAGAUCCUGACUGUGGAGUCAACGCCAUGGUCAACUACACGCUGGGUGAUAGUUUUGGAAAAGUGCGGGAUUUCGAAGUUCGCUCCGGUAGUGGUGAAGUUUGUAUAGCAGGAGAGCUGGACUUCGAGACACGCAGUGUGUACGAGUUCCCUAUCAUAGCAACAGAUAGAGGGGGCCUUAGUACGACAGCAGUGGUGAAGAUUCAGCUGACAGAUGUGAACGACAACCAGCCUGUCUUCUACCCGAGAGAGUAUAAUGUCUCCUUACGAGAAGGGGGCGGUUCUUCUUCUUCGUCCUCUCCUGUAGUCGUUGUCGUAGCGACGGAUUUGGAUUCAGGUCGCUAUGGAUCCAUCACAUACAGAAUUGUUGCCGGAAAUGACGCCGAACUCUUCCGAAUAGAUCGAAACAGUGGAGAGAUAUUUGUGACUAGACCUAGUCUUCUGUCGACCAGAACAGCUCCGUACCACAGACUGAACAUAACGGCCACAGACGGAGGAGGUCUGAGGUCCUUCCAGGAUGCGGAGGUCUUUCUAAGUGUUACGGACUCAGCUCAGAGGCCGCCUAUUUUUGAAAGGUCGAGGUAUACAUUUGCAGUGAAAGAGGAUGUCGGGAAGGGUUCCAUCGUUGGAUCUGUCAAUGCAACAAGCAGUGAUUCUGGGUCGAGGAGUUCUGUGAGGUACUCCAUAUACUCAGGCGACCCAGAUGGCUACUUCAACAUCGAUUCAGUAGCAGGCACAAUUCGCACAGCCUCAACACUGGACCAUGAGGCACACCAGUCAGUGCUCCUGAACGUACAAGCCAUGAGCGGCGACCCUCCGACAUACGGACAUACGCAGGUUAACAUUGGUAUAGAAGACGUGAAUGACAACGCUCCCGAGUUCGACUCCAGCACGGUCCGCAUAUCAGUACCCGAGAACUUGGAGCUGGGCAUCCCCCUGUACGCCGCGCAUGCCAGGGACCGUGACUCCGGUAGGAACGGCGUGGUCAGGUAUCGGCUGUCCAGCGCUGCCGGAGGAACUUCAGUUGUGGGUCUCUUCGCCGUGGACCCGCGCCUGGGGCACCUAACACUUGCCAGACACCUCGAUUACGAGACAGCACAGCGACAUAGCCUCAUAAUCAUUGCCACUGACACAGGGGAACCCCAGCUGUCCGCCAACUUGACUGUUCUGGUAGAAGUUCAGGACGUGAACGACAACAGGCCUGUCUUUGAGAGAGCAGAGUACACGGUGGAUAUCGUGGAAUCCCUACCUGUGAACUCUCAGGUUUUACAAGUAACAGCCGUAGAUCUGGAUACCGGUAACAACGCGCGACUAACAUACCGACUUCUUGGCAAUGCAAACAACACCCAGCAAGACGGCAAGACACCUUCAGCACCCGCACCAUCUGGUGGUGGUGACGGGAGUGAAGACGACAUAUUUGGCAUUUUCCCGAACAGCGGAUGGCUGUACCUGCGGCAACCACUGGACCGCGAGACCAGGGAUCACUACAUGCUGACUGUGGCAGCUACAGACAACGGGACCCCAGCAGGAUCCGCCACGUCUCGCAUCUCCGUCAACGUCAUGGACGCGAACGAUAAUGACCCUAGCUUCACCCGCGAGGUAUAUGAGUUCAGCGUCGAGGAGAACCUGGCUCGCGGAGCACAGGUUGGGAAAGUGGGGGCCACCGACGCUGACCUUGACGUGAACGCUGCCAUCAGAUUCAGUCUGAUUCCCAGCAACACCAGCUUCCAGAUCAACCCACUAACUGGUGAAAUCGUAACACGCGAACCGUUGGACCGUGAACUGAAGGCAAUGUACGAAAUCGUAGCGGAGGCCAGGGACCAGGGCGUACCCCCUCGAAGCUCCCGGGUUGCUGUCCACGUAGCCGUCACAGACGUUAAUGACAACUCUCCAGAACUGGUCGACCCUCAGGAAGACGUCACCAGUGUUCGGGAAGAACAGCCACUUGGAACGGAAGUGGUACGUGUUCGCGCAAUCGACAGAGACGAAGGAAACAACGCCUCUGUCACGUAUUCCAUUCUGAAGGGCCGAGACUCCGAUGGCUACGGAGUCUUCACUGUCGAUCCUGUGUCAGGGUUAGUUCGUACACGGGCUAUAUUGGAUCAUGAAGACAGAGCCAUCUACCGGCUCGCUGUGGCUGCUACUGACAGCGGGAAACCACCGAGGCAGACAGUUCGACUCCUAAGGGUAGAAGUUCUCGACCUGAAUGACAAUCGACCCACGUUCACAAGUUCCAGUCUCGUCUUUAGGGUGAAGGAAGACGUGAAAGUGGGUCACGUUGUCGGUACUGUCGCAGCAUCCGAGUCCAGCGAGGGAGACAAUCUGGUUACAGGCAGAGGUGGCAGUCAUGUAACCUACACCCUGACAACUCUCACACCCAGCAGUUCCUCUGGUCACCAUAACGGCCAGGUUGGUUCCGAAGUGCCUGUAGGAGCCUUUGACAUCGAUCGAAGUUCAGGUUCUUUGGUAGUAGCCCGCGAGUUGGACCGUGAAAUGCAGUCUGAAUAUCGGCUGGAGGUCCGUGCUUUGGACACGACCGCCAGCAACAAUCCCCAGAGCAGCGCCGUUUCUGUCCGCGUCGACGUUGCAGAUGUCAAUGACAACGCUCCUCGUUGGCCCGAUGAUCCAGUCAACAUCCUCGUCCCAGAAGACACUCCUGUCGGUUCUGUGGUAUGGAACUUCACAGCGUUUGAUGCUGAUGCAGGUCUCAACGGUGAGAUUCGUUACAGCCUGGUCAGGCAGUGGCCAAACAUAACCAGAACCUCAACCUUCACAGUUGACCCACUGACGGGAACUUUGACUCUCAAUGCAGACCUGGACUAUGAGGCUCUUCCUGAAUACACUUUGAUCGUCCGAGCCACUGACCAACCGUCCAACAAGUCAGAGAGAUUGAGCACUUCUGUGACGGCCCGAGUGCUGGUGACAGAUGCUAAUGAUAACUCUCCUGUGUUUGUGUCACCGGCGCCCUCCUCUGUGUUGCUUAGUGAUAGUUCCCCUGUGGGCACGACACUGUGUCACGUGAUCGCAGUUGAUCGUGAUUCUGGUGAUAAUGGUCGUGUGACUUAUGUGAUAAGUAGUGGAAAUCAAGAAGGUAAAUUCGCGUUAAGUUACGAUACGGGAGUGCUGACCUUAGCAAGGUCACUUGUAUCUGUUGAGGCCCCUGCUAACAGAAGAGGAAGUGGUGGAAGUGGUGGUGGUGCGAGUGGUGGGAGAUACACCCUCAACGUGACGGCAAGUGACCAUGGCGCACCUACCCCCAGACAUACCACUAAGGUUCUUCAGUUUAUCGUGCAAGGCACGAAGGAGAAUCCGCCGAGGUUCCUCCACUCCCUGUACCACGCUAACGUUUCUGAAGAUGCCGCCAUCGGUACCUACGUCACCAAGGUGCUAGCCAGAUCUCCAGUAUCUGAACCCGGCAACCUGACGUACCACAUUCCAACCGGAAUAGCUGAGGAUCGUUUCUCGGUGGAUCCACACACGGGUGUUGUGUCCGUGAGGGCCCCAUUAGACCGAGAGACUCGGGAAAGCUAUAUGGUGCCUGUCUAUGUGACGUCACCACCACGUCGACCCGGGUCGCAGCAGAUCGACGUGACCACAGUGGCUGUCAGAGUGCUUGAUGUGAAUGAUCAUGCUCCAGAGUUCAGACCCGGCACCUGCUAUACUGUGGCUGUUCCGGAAAAUAGUGAUCUUGCUAUCAUCCAUACAGUAGUUGCCACCGAUUUGGACAGCGGACCCAACGGGGAAGUCACAUACAGCAUAACGGGCGGAAACAUAGGCAACAAGUUCAGCAUCGAUUUACACACCGGGGAACUGACAGCGCGUCCUCUUGAUCGCGAAUCCCACUCUCGCUACUGGUUGGUCAUAACGGCGCAGGACAGGGGAACCCCCGCGCCACUGCAAGGUUCCUGCAAUGUCUCCGUUUUGGUUGAAGAUCAGAACGACAAUGAUCCCAGGUUCUCUCAGCCCCGUUACAGCGCCACGAUCCCCGAGAACGUCCCUGUGGACACUGUAGUCCUCGCAGUUCAGGCUUCAGAUGCAGAUCUGGGAGUGAACGCCAGGAUUGUGUACUCUCUUGCCAAUGAGAGCCAGUGGUUGUUCAGGAUUGAUAACAAGUCUGGUGUCAUCACUACAGCUGGGUUAUUUGACCAUGAACGUCAGGACGUCUACAAUUUUCAAGUCGUUGCGACGGAUGGAGGGCGUUACGACGCCAGGUCGCAGAAGGUGCCUGUUCAGAUCACAAUCGGUGACAACAACGACAACAAGCCAGUGUUCUCUCGUUUUCCAUUCAGCGCCGAAGUGCCGGCGUACUCACAGCCCGGGCAUAACCUUCUACGGGUGACCGCCGAAGACCAGGACGAAGGCACGAACGCGGACAUUGUGUUCAGUUUUGUGAACGAGCCUUCAAACAACAAGUUUCGUAUUAACCCGAACACUGGGAUCGUCACAGCGGCUUCCAGUCUUGCUUUGGAGUCAGGAAAAUUGUUCCAUCUCGAGGUCCUGGCUAGGGAUAAAGGAAAUCCUCCGCAGAGUGCGACAGGACUCAUCGAAAUAAAGGUGGGAGAGAGUCCUGAGGGAGCGGCGACACUCAGGUUCCAGAACACAUCCUACGUGGUUCAUCUCCCUGAGAACGCACCAAUCGGCAGAGAAGUGGCGCAGGUAUCGGCUGUGAGGACAGACGGACGGCGUCAGAGGAUCACGUACAGUUUCGGUAGCGGCAACGAGGACUCUACGUUCGAGAUGAGUUCCCAGACUGGGGCGAUCCGGGUUCGGAACCCGUGGGUCCUAGACUACGAGACCCGCCCCACUCUGCGCCUGGUGGUGGUGGCACAGGCUGAUAGCAGCUCCUCUGGACCGCCCCUUUAUGGCUACUGCGAUGUCUGGAUUCACCUUCAGGACCAGAACGACAACGCCCCGAGAUUCACACAGCAGCAGUAUUCGGCAGCGGUGUGGGAGGGGAACAACAAGGGGACGUUCGUCAUGCAGGUCUCUGCCACAGAUGCAGACCAGGGAGCGAACUCCCGAGUCCUGUACCAUAUUGUGGACGGUAAUCAUGACAACGCUUUCGUAAUUGAACCGCCAUUCUCAGGGUUAGUGAAGACCAACAUUGUCUUGGACAGGGAGAUCAGGGAUGCCUACCGCCUCACAGUUAUUGCCACAGAUGAAGGGGUGCCACAGCUAACAGGCACUUCCACCCUGUGCAUUAACAUCGUGGAUGUCAACGACAAUCAGCCUACCUUCCCCCCUCACAGUGUCAUCAGUGUUAGCGAGGGUACUGAAGUUGGCACAGUGCUAACAGCUGUCACUGCCAAUGAUGUGGAUACGAACCCAGCACUCACGUAUGGAUUCUCGACAGACAGCGAUUCAGAAGCUGGUAUCAGUGACGCAGAAGCUACAGGCUUGGGGGUGUUCAGUAUUGACAGGUUCAGUGGCAAGAUCACGCUCGUUCAACGUCUGGACUUCGAGUCCCAGCGUGAAUACCAUCUGAGGGUAACAGCUUCAGACACUGCCCACACGGCGCGCACUGUACUCACUAUCAGGGUGACUGAUGUUAAUGACAAUCCUCCCAUCUUCAUGCAGUCCUCGUACCAGGCAUCACUGCCCGAGGGAAGUGACCAGAACUACGCGGUGCUACAUGUUAAUGCCAGUGACGCCGACUCUGGCAAGAACGCCGAAAUACGUUACUCCCUUCUGACACCAGUGGAGGGCUUCACCGUGGAUCAAACGACAGGCACUCUACAUGGCAACCGGAGCGGCAUCCCGGCAGCUCUCAUGAAACAGGACAUCCAGCUCGUCAUCGUCGCGACGGACUCCGGACAGCCGGCUCUCUCCUCUACCGUCGCCGUCAGGAUCCACAUUGCUGACGGAGGAAAAGCCAAGCCUAGAUUCGCACAGGAUGAAUACAGGAUGCAUCUCAGGGAGGAUUCACCAUGUGGGACAACAGUGGUGAAGAUUGUGGCAGCAGAAUCGGCCAUGGAAGAUAAUCAGGACUUCAUUUUCUCCAUAUAUGAUGGAAACAUAGGUGGAGCCUUCCAAGUUAUGAGCCCCAGUGGAGACCUCGUCCUGAUAAAGCCAUUGGAUCGAGAGAUUGAAGAUUCCUACACACUUAGAGUGGUGGCUGGUGAACCCAACUCUCCUCCCAACAAUGCAACUGCUGUCCUGGUGCACGUGAUGGUGGAUGAUGCAAAUGAUAACUCCCCUGUAUUUCAAGGAGGUGGUGGAAAGGGUUAUGAUGUCACAGUCAGCGAAGGAGCAAGUUUGGGCCAUUCCAUUCUCAAAAUAAUGGCAUCAGAUGCAGAUCAGGCGGGCGGACCAAAUGCUGAACUUGUCUAUGAUAUCACUUCUGGAAAUGAUCGUGAUCUGUUCACUUUGGAUUCUAAGAGUGGAGUGCUGAGUGUCAAGAGAACUCUGGACUAUGAUGCUGGUGUUACAGAGUACAUGCUGGUGGUCCGAUCAUCUGACAGCGCAAAUUUACCACAAGAUGCACCACUGUCAACAGUAACAAAUGUCCAUAUCAGGCUGAAGGAUGAGAAUGACAAUGCACCCAAGUUCCCAGUGUCCGAAUAUCUUGAAUUUGUAGGGGAGAAUGAGCAUGUGGGAACAGCAGUGUUCACAGCAAGAGCCACUGAUCUUGACAAGGGUAUAUAUGGCAAGUUGAACUACACCAUUGUGUCUGCAGCAGCUUCUGGCUACACAGAUGUUGAAGAUUCUUGGAAAUUGUUUCGUGUGGAUCCAUCUACAGGCCUGGUAACUACAAAUGCAGAGUUUGACUAUGAGACACGGAAUCGCUAUGCUUUCACUCUGCAUGCUAGCGAUAUAGGGGGAAGAACUGCUAGUGUAAGAGUUCGAGUUGAAAUUGAGAGCCGAGAUGAAUUUCACCCACAGUUCACUGAACGAACAUAUCGAUUUGUUCUCCCACCGCCAUCUGUGUCCUCUUCUGGCCACCUCCCUGUCGGCUGCGUGGUUGGUCAUGUUGCUGCUACAGAUAGAGACAAAGGACCAGAUGGGCGAGUGGUCUACCAGCUGACCACUCAGCACCCUUAUUUUAAGAUCAACCGCACAACCGGGGCUGUCAUGGUGAAGAAAAAGCUAGACAAUGCAGCUGCUGCCCUGGAGGCAGGCCGAGACAUCAGCCUUGUGGUGACAGCCAGCUCAGGACGACAGGGAUCACUGACCAACAUGACGGUUGUAGAAUUGGCACUGGACCCAUUGGCUGACAGGGGCACCAACCUUGCCAGCAGUGUGAUUGAUGCGAACAGUAACAACACGACACUGGUUUCAGGUUCUGGAGGACUUGCGGACUGGGCUCUUGGACUCCUCAUUGCACUAAUUUUGAUUGUGCUGGCAUUUGGUGCAAUUUUCCUGUUCCUACACAUGCGGAACCGACGCCAGAAGAAGGUGAACAAGCCAGCUCUGACCCCCAGUACAGCUGUGGGUAGUCCAGAGAGUUUUGUGGACCCAGGUGCAUUUGACACUAUCCCAAUAAGAGGUGGGGGAGGUGUGCAGGGUCCCACGGCACAGUUUGGACCUCCCAAGUAUGACGAAAUUCCCCCCUAUGUUGGGGGCCCUGUGGUGCAUCGUAACAACAAUAGCAGCAGUUCUAACUCAGGGGCUGCAACCACAUCAGAGCUGUCGGGGUCUGAGCAGUCAGGCUCCAGUGGGCGGGGUUCUGCCGAGGAUGGCGAAGACGUAGAAGAUGAGGAGAUUCGUAUGAUCAAUGAAGGUCCCUUGCAGCGAGACUCGGGAAUUCACCGACAAACAGAUGAUGUGGAUGACGACAACCUCUCUGAUGUAUCAGUACACAACACGCAGGAAUACCUGGCACGCCUUGGUAUUGUGGACACAAGCAAUACAGCAGUUGGGCCCAUCACCAACAGUGGGAAAGUUGUACCCAUGGACAUGUUUGAUGAGGAGGGUUCAGGUGAGGCAGACAUUACAAACCUGAUCUAUGCAAAACUGAAAGAUGUGGGCUCAAGUGAGCGGGGUAGUAGCACUGAGGAUGGGGGAGGGGCCAGUGGUGGGGUGGAACAUGUCAUGGUGAUGGGGGGUUUUGGUGAAGUGAGUGGAGUUGUCACGACACACCAACCUUCCAUGACAGGGUCACUCAGUUCAAUUGUGCACAGUGAGGAAGAGCUGACUGGCAGCUACAACUGGGACUAUCUGUUGGACUGGGGUCCCCAGUAUCAGCCCUUGGCUCAUGUGUUCUCAGAAAUCGCGCGGUUGAAAGACGACACAGCAUCAGUGCAGAGCACAAACAGUGGUGCCUCAUCGGGGAAGGGAAAGGCCGCAAUUGCAUCGCACCCCCCUGCAGUGAAGACGGUACCCCCACCUCUCCUCACAAGCGUCGCGCCUCGGUCCAUUGCUGCACCCGUUCUAGCAUCCCGGACAGCUGGGGGCGCUCACUCUGCUAGUCACCAUGGCGCAGCAUCCGCCCAAGGCGGCCAGCAGCUCCUCAUGUUGCCUCGCUCACCUAUCAGCCAUGAUGCAUCCGGCACAGGCUUCAGCACCUCCACAGCCAUGUCACCCAGUUUCUCACCUUCUCUAUCACCCCUGGCCACCAGGUCACCCUCCAUAUCUCCACUUGUCACCCCUGGUGUCCCUACUGCCCACCAUGUGAGACAGGCACAGCCGCCUCAGCGGACAGCAGUUGCUGAGACUGAGCUCAGGAUCUAGCUGUAGACAUGCAAUGCACUCUGAAGCGUUCUUUUGGAACCCAUCAUUGAUUUUUCAGUUCAGUCUUCUGUAGUUGCUUGCUGAGGUGCUCAAGACCUCCUUACUGUGUCAAAUUCAGUGACAUGUUUUCUCAGCUGUUAUGUAUGGAGCUCAGUCUAAAGUGAACAAUUGGAAGGAGAUGUUGACUGAAACGGUUUACAGGUGUUCAACUCUCAGUAUGGCCUUCUGUAUUAGAGGCUGACAGAAUUGCCAUGCUGUUUUGUGUACAUUGAAUGAACCUUGAAGAAGAGACCUCUGUACACAAGAUAAGAAACACAACUUAUGAAACAUAUCGGUCAUUCUGUUACACAGGUAACAUUAGCAUGUGAUUCAUGUACAGUAAAAAUCCAGGCUUUAAUGUCAGGCUGGGUCAGGAGAGACCUAGUAAACUCCCUCAUAAGCAGAGUCAGACCACAGGUGGGAUAUAAAUUAUGAUGUUGGUCAUUUCUAAGAAUGGUUUUAUGUAAAUCUGCACUUCAGAAUUUUCCCGAAUGUUUUCUAGAAGUAAAACUUUCUCCUGCUACUAAGUGUACUCCUUUUUUGCUUAAAUGGCUGGUUGGUUUGUAAUGCAUCCAGUUGUGAUCUGUGCAACUUCUCUGUCCUCUACCCGCCUAGGAAGAGGUAUAGAAUCCCCUUCUGAGCUGUAGGCACCAAUAGGGCAGAUUAUUUUAGUCUCAUUGUUACUGUGAUCAAGUGAAUGAUUUUCAUAUGAAUUUUGUCAAAAAAUUGUUUCCCACAACUUUCAUAAUUCUAUCUGAAGGUGCUAACUGCUUUUGUAACAUUAGGAAGAAAAAGACUACAAUUAUACUUGUUGUAACUGUAUAAGAUGAUGGUCUAGUUCAAAGUUUUUUUACACUUAAGCCAGUGGUUCAAACCCUUGCACUACUGUCAAUUUAAGUUCCCCACCAACAAGACCACCAACACUAUGGGACAAAGUCUGGACACUAUUUAGCUUUAAAAAAAAAAUCUUCUAAACCUUCAUGAAUCUGCCUUGAAUUUGGAAACCACAGCCAGAAAUUGAGAACUGGAUGUCUGUAAUUCCACAUUAUACACAGUUGUAGAAAGUAAACAGAUGAGCCAUGCAUGUCUUAACCAUGUGAGGCCUAGAUAUUAGGAACCCCAUAAAAGGGCUCAAUAUCCGAAUGGAAAGCACUGUACAUUAGCAAAAUGCAUUGCUGCAAGGAUAUGUCAUGGAUAAUCAGUUUGACAGUCUGCUGCCUGAGGAAGCUGAGGAAUUUUAAAGCAGCGUGUUUUAAUGUGUGCUAAUGUUGUACCUCGUUUAUUAAUGUUUGUUGUCAUUCUGUGAUCUAAAAUUAGAGGAAGAACUUUGGAUUAAUCUUUCUUAAUUUCAAGCCAAUACAGUUUAUAUUGUUUUAAAUUUUGCAAAGGAUAUUGAAAAAUAAAUCUCAUAAUCUGAGUUUUAAGUACAUGUAGAAUUUCAGUACAAAUCAGUCAUUUGAUGGUAAGAUGAUUAACUAUACAGAAGAAAGUGAAUUAGCUUCCUUAUCCUUCCAUGUGGUUUUCAUAAAAUUAACUUCAUUUCAAAUGGGAGGUAACAUGCCUGACAGGCCAGAAAUUUCUUAAGUAUUCUUACUGCCAAAGAACAAGAACAUGGAAAUGUAGUGGGUUAAAAUUUCUAUUAUUUCUGUGUCAAGGCCUCCAGAUUUUAUCUGAGCAUUUUAUGAAAAUAUAUAUGUGUUUAUACCUGUAUCAGUACACACAAAUUUAACAUCUGGACUACCUUCACCAAGGCUCCAAAGCACCCAGACUUUGUGUUAGAAAGAAAAGAGAAGGGAAGAAAUUGUAAGCACCCAUGUUUAUUCUUUUGAUUUUAUACCUGGAAAAACUGCCUAAAUAAUGUGUACCAUAGUUAUAUCAGCAUUUCUGUUUAGGCAGACUGAGUAACAAAAUGUGGCUUUUCUGUGAAGUAAUGUUCACAAAAUAUUUCUUGUCACAUUCAUGCCAUGAAAUAUUGUACUGUCAUUUUAAUGUGUGUGGACAGUCACUUGAUUCUGUGUAGUCCUCAUGUCUAGGGUUCAACCCCCCACAUGAUGUAUUUUGUGAUGUUACAUGGAAUGAUGAGAACUUGAUGACUGUAAAUUAUGAUAAGCAGACAAAAUUGCUGCUAUUAGGAGUUCCUUGAUUAAAAGUAUGAAGUCACAAUUAAAGACAUCAGGAAACCUAUGUACCACUUGCAUAGAAGUCAGAACAUCUUUCUUAAAUCAGAAGGUCAUUUUGGUGAUUAAAAACAUUGCAUUGAAAAGAGUAUAUUUUACAUAAAUUCUCAUGUCAGUUCUAAAUUAGUCAUAAAUAUAACUGGAUAGGAUUAUUGGCCCAUUAUUCCUUAUUUGUGUAUUCAUAUAUGUUGUGACAUGACAUCUUCUGAUAAUAAUUUGAUCUGUCAUCUUAUUAACAGGUUCGUUAAUCAAUAUAUCACUGUCUUCCAUUUUCGCCCCAUAGAUCCAAUGCAUUUGGUGGCGACCAUAUUAAACUCAGUUAGGCCAAUUCCCAGUCUUAAAAAACAUUUUAAAAUAUAAAUUAUAUUUAUUUGUAAGUAAAUAAACUAAUUAUUGUCAUGAAAUAAGUAAGACUGAUGGAGAGAGUUACAGACUCAGACAAAUGUGUGGGUUGGAAAGAAUAACCAUGCUACCAACACAUUCUGCUUUCUCUAAUAUCUUACGUUAUUAGAGGCAGGUAUAAGCUGACUUGAAGAUGUUUAUUAACCAAUUAAUCAACACAGGAAAAUAGUUGACAAUUAGAGAAUUAAUGAGGCUAAUUUAUUAUGGCUGGUAUUUAUAUCUUCAUUACAAUAAACUACAUUCCCUAACUGAUGGAAAGAUAACAAAUUUUACUGUGAAAUCCAGAUUCAACUGAGAUGAAAUUUAAGUGCUAAAACAGGAUAUGUUAACUUCUAAAAUAAUAAUCUUAUAUAAAUCUUAUUCUCUUGCAUAAAGCAUUUUGUUCUUCACACUCUUUCUUUCAAAGACAUAAAAUGUUAGAAACAUAUAUUUGAGAUGAAUCAUAUUUAGUGGAAGAAUUGUGUGCUGCUAUUUUAAUUUGACUCAUAUGAAUAUGACAGAGGAGCUCCAAAAUCUGUAACCUUAAUGUCAAAGGGUAGCUUCAUUCACUUUUUUUAUUUGAGUUGUUAUGCCCCACAUUAAUGUGUGUCCAAAACAAAAAUUAUGCAAUUAUCUGUGCUGUUUUCAGUAAAAGGCAUUUGUAAAUAUGGAGAACUGAAAUAUCAUAUCUUAACAUAAAACUCUGGAAUUUCUAACAUUAUGAAUCACAAAGGACAUUUAUGUUUAUACUGAAAAUAUUUCUAGAGGAUAUGAUUACAUGGUUAGAGUAAAAAAGAAUGCUUGAAUUUAAAGAAGAAGAAGUUACAGUUCCUUUCAUUGUACAUAUGCUUCUUUAGUAGUUCCAAAAUUCACUUCAGGCCUGUCUUUUAAAAUGUGAAUAUUUUCCGUAUCUUACUGAGACAAGUUGGGGUCCCCUUAGUCUGUUGUAAGGCUUCUCUUGAUACAGGGCAAUACUGAAAAUUGCAGAUGUCUGUCAUCAACCAGGAUCUUUUUGUGUGCAAUAUUAGAUAUUCUACAGUUUUGAUAAAAAUUAAUUUGAAUAUUAAAGAAAUAAUUCUGAAGGAUGUAAACAGUAUUAAUACUGCAACUGAACCGAAGAUAUUUAAAGUUCAGAUAAAAUUUAAAAGAAUAAAAUAACAUUAAUAUAUAUUGAGAAUGUAUCCAAACAGGAUAGCAACUUGGGUCUUAAUUUUUAAACCAAAGUGUUAGAAAGACAGUAAACAUCCAGGAUAUGAGAGAAAAAAAGAGUCAUUUAUUUCACCUUGAAACCAGGAUACAAUCAUAAUAUCACAUGGAAAUAAUUGUAAUUUUACAUAUUACUGUGUACAGAAAUUAUAGUACUUAAUAUCUACUCCCUUUGGGAUGAAGGAAUGAAUUCCUCAGCUUCCUGGAAUCUGUGGUACAUGUUAUCCCUUCAUGUAACACUAGUUCAACCCAGUGAUAUGAGCAUCUUAGUGAAUGAAAUUGUAAAAUCAUACAAAAUAUUUUGUUGUUGUGAAACGGGUUUUUAAUUGUCUUGUAUGGGAACACAGAACCUUGAUGACUGAGUUCACAAAGCCAAAGGCUUUUUGUAUUUGUGUGCUGAAUGUAAAAGAUGAGCAUUUCAAGUGAAUGUACUGUUAUAUUUUCUCACACCACCUUAAUAAACAGACACUCAUACUUAAGGUGGAAAAGAAAUAAUGAGAAACGUAUGUAAGAACGUAAUUGUGUAAAUACGUACGAUAAGCAAAGUGAAUUUGUGAAAUACGUAAACAAAUUCAAAAUUCGUGUACAUAUAUAUAAAUAAUCAAAAAGACAUUUUAGGACACAAUGGACAGAUGUGUUUUAGCUACUUGUAACGCACCUCGUUUCGACAUGAAAAUAGUUCGGCAGAUGGACACUGUCACAACAUCAUACAAUUGCUCAAGGAUCUGCCGAAUAAGAACUUCAGAAUUUUAUUCUCCACUACCGAAACGAAAUGUUGGUUACUUGAAACAAGUGCCAUUAUGAUAACAAACGCUUAUCCAGAAGUAUACGAAAAUGUAUCUUGCUCCAUUUGUGAUUAUGCAUACUAGGACCACUACGUGAUAAAACUACUUGGAAACAAACUUAAGAUCCUAUUUGUGAUAUUCUGUUCAUAGCUAAGCUUUAAUGUGACAAGCUUUGACCCUGCCAUCUCAUCCCAACUGUUUAAGUUUCACUCACUUCUAUCUCCGGUUUCAGCAUAGUAUUUUCACCAGUUCUGCUGGGUUUAUGUACAAAUAUACAAAAAAAAAGCUCUCUUUCCCCGUCAUUCUGUUUGAAGUUGAAAUGUAAAAUAAAAUAAAACCCCAAGGUAGAAAACUAAGGUAAUAUGUAUAGUCGAAUUAUAUCCUGCGGUGGGUAUAACAUAAUGUACUUAUAGAAUCUUUUGUACAAACGUUAGGUUUCUACUAUUUUAGGAAGAAAUAAAAAACAUUUUGUAAUAA